CGCCGCCAACUGCCAAAACACACCGCAGCUGACGGCCGUUCCAACUGGACGCGCAUCUCUCUCCAUCACACAGACACCAUCCAGCAACCUGUCAGGGCCUAGCUGAACAAGGCCAACAAUCUGCCAGGUCCUUGUGACACAAGGUGACCAACCUGCCAGCAACCUGCCAGCUUUUUGCCAUCGACACUGUCAGGUGUGGUUGGGAGGCAGUUAAAUACACCUGCGAGUCCAGCAAAGACGGUGUCCAUCUGGAGCAAGAACAGCGGACUUGAACCCUUCAGGAUCUUAUUUUGGGCAGAGGUGGGAUGAGGUGUACCAAGCUGUCCUAAUGACAUCCCAUUACAUGGCACUGAUGGCAGCAUCCUCUUGCUUCCGAAGCUUCGCGAGGGUCUUGUUGAUGAGGGCGCUGUGAGACCAUUUUCACUGAUGGCUCUUGGGUACAAAACGAUCUUAGUGACGUUGUGUUUGUAGAGGCGCCCUCGUCAUACUCCAAGGGGGAAAAACCCACUAAAAGUUCAACAGGAAUCUCUUUCUGCAGGAUACAGACCAACUCUUUCUACCUGUAAAAAAAUACUGGGCAGGAGAGAACAACAUAACCUGAAACUCAGGUCCGUCCAGCAGACAGCUUCUGACCGCGCAGAAUCCGACACUUCAAACGUGAUGUCGCACGUCAGGCGGCGGUCUGCAGCAUCGAACUCCGGCAGCCGCAGCUAACAGCCUACAGCAGCCGCUACUAUUGACGACGGCUCGUCUCCAGCUAUCGACACCCCGCGGGCCAGCAACAGCUGCUGCACGGGAUGCUGGAUGCUAGAGCCCGUCCUGUAGGUCGGAGGUCAUAGACUUGAUGAAGACUUUUUCAUGAUGGACCUCAGAGCAAAGAAUAAUAUAAACUGUUCGUGUAGCUAAGCCCCCAAUCCCACACACUCAGAUUGCUGGGAAAACCCUUUAGCUCCGUUGGAGAAUCUACUAGAAAAAGUGUCUUUUGUGGAAGUUUUUGGAUAUUAGUGAAGUGUCACAGUAAGAAGAUCCAAGAUGUAUCAGAUAAUGAUGAGCUACUUUCAUGAGAAGAGGCGCUUCAAGCUUCUGAAGGACCGUUUGCAGGCAGGACUGACAGACGACGAGAGGAACUUUCUGGAAGCGGCUGAGAUCGGGAAUCUGGACACAGUGAAAGACCUUCUGGAAUCUGACCGAGUGAAGGUGGACUGUGUGGACCAGCAAGGACGCACGGCACUGGAGCUGGCGGUGUCCGGCAACGAUGUCGAUGUUGUCGUCUACCUGCUGGAGAGGUCCAACCCCCGCAUCAUCCACAAAGCUCUGCUGUGUGCAGCAGACAACGACAUGGAGAGAAUCUCCGAGAUGUUGCUUGACCAUCCCAUCUACCGCCAGAGUCUACAGCGAUACAUGGAGGCAACAACCGACGCCUUUCUCCAGGCGGAAGAUAUGCCGCUGCAACCGGAAGUCCGUAUAAGGACGGGUGGCGACACGCCGGAAGUCAAGCUUGAAGAUGAAGAUGAAGAUGGAUUUUUCUCACUGGGAAAUGUCAGCAAGCUUCUAAGAGAAGUCUUACUGAGGGCCGCCAAGAGAAACAACUUCCAGAUCGUGAAGAAGAUCAUGAUGCACGGAGUGUUCCUGGAGGAGCCUCAUGACUACUUCUGCUCCUGCCACGAGUGCACAAUAUGGCGACGGGAAGACUUCAAGGUGUUCACAACUCGUCGUCUGGACACGUUCAGAGCGAUGGCCAGUCCUGCGUACAUCGCUUUAACAGAAGAGGAUCCAAUCAUGGCGGCCUUCAGUCUCUCCCAGAAAUUCCGCAGUUUGUCUGAAAUCGAGGGCGAAUAUAAGCAAGUGUACCAGGAACUUGACCACCAAGUGCAGAACUUCACCAUAGCCCUGCUCGACCAGUGCCAGAGCUCCGACGAGGUGAAGACCGUUCUGAGCGGCAAACCCAAGAUCAAACAUGAUAACGGCAUCGACGAGACUGACGAAAGCAGCAGCGACAUCCUUCCCAUGGUGCACAUGGCCCUUCGCAUGGAGCAGAAAAAGUUCGUUGCACAUCCUCAGUGUCAAGCCCAGAUAGGGGAGCUGUGGUUUAGUGGUGUGCCCUUUCUCAGGUACCUCAAUCGUUUCCUGUACCUGACCCUAGCUGUCCCGGUGGGGAUGGUGGUGUGUCCCUUGUUUUCAUUCAUCUACCUUGUAGCACCCUGGAGCAAGGUUGGUAAAGUCGUCAACACGCCACUGAUGAAGUUCCUGAGUUACACCUGCUCCUACCUGACUUUUCUGGUCUUGAUUAUUACCUCCAAGUUGUACCUGAGGUUCGCCUUCAACUUUCUUGUGUGUGACAAGCCACCCGACUAUGCCUACGCCAUCAUAACCAUCAUUCUGUUGUGGAUUGUUGGUCUCAUCUGGGAGGAGGUGAAGCAGAUCUGGCAGGCUGGGGCCGUGGACUACUUCAGCUCACUGUGGAACGUCAUCGACUCCAUCAUGCUCAGCCUUCUCCUCGCCUCCUUCGUCCUCGAGCUCGUCACGCCGCUGCGUAUCAACAGAAUCAUCAGGGAUCCAGUGAGAGUGAAGGUGUUCAACAUCACCAGCAACCAGUACGACACCACCUUCCUACCACUGUGCACCACCAUCACCAGGGAGGCUUCAUCUGAUGUCGGGUACUGCCCCAGAAAAACCUACACCCGCGUCUCUGAGAUUGUGUGGACACCCACCUGGGUACCGGAUCCAGAACUGCUGUCGGACAUCCUCUUCACCCUGGGGACCAUCAUGAGCAUCGGCCGCUUCUCCUUCAUCAUGCCUGCCAACGAGGCGCUGGGAACCAUGCUGGUGUCCUUCAAGCGAACCAUCGCCGACCUGCUCAAGAUCACGGGUAUGUUCCUCCUCGUCCUCUUCGCCUUCGCCUGCGGGAUCGCCACCCUGUACGCGCCCAACAAAUGCCUCACCGACAAGUUCGGCAGCUUCACCAACACGCUGUCCACGCUCACGUGGUCAGUGUUCGGCAUGGGCAGCGUGGAAGCUCCGUCUCUCAACGGCAACGGUUCCGUGGACUCGCUGACCAACAACCCGACCCGGUCCUCCGGGGUGGCCACGGUGGGACACUACCUGUACGGGGUGUAUGUCUUCGCGUCCAUGAUCGUCCUCCUCAACCUUCUGAUUGCGGUCAUGUCGAAUACCUUCAACGAAGUACAGUGCGAGAGGGAUGUGGAGUGGAAGUUCGCGCGCACGGAACUGUGGUUGACCUUCAUCGAGCCGGGUACACCGGUCCCUCCUCCCUUCAACGUCAUCCCCAGUCCCCGCAACAUCUGGCGCGCCAUCUUGUGGCUCUGUCGCCGGUCGGACCUCAAGUUCUUCCUCCCUCACGAGGGCAAGCAGGUCCGCUACGCGGCAGUGCAGACCGGAAGCAUGGAUUUCGCAGAAGCAGACUCCAGAAGUGAAGCCUCGGUCCCAAUAUCAGGAAGGCGCACGCGCCAGGAUGUCAUGUGCAUUUUGAUUCGCCGCUAUGUUCGUGAAGUGGAGAGGAUGAAGAUCGAAGGGGAGGAUGGCGACAAGGCGACUGCCGAGGAGCAGUUGCGGCGCCUGAUCGAGCGCAUGGCCGCCAAGCUGGAGAAGCGCAUCGACGAGGUGCAGCUGGUGGCGACGCGCGUGCAGCAUGACGUCAAGGAAGUCCACCACGACAGCGCCCGCAUCUCCUCGCUGCAAGAGCAGCAGACGGACAUGAUGAAAACCUUCAGCGACCACCGUCUGAGAGAGAUUGACCGCUACACGCGCAUGCUGGACGAGACAAAGCUGGACAUCCUGGCACGGAUGGACGCCGAGCGCCUGGAGAUGGAGCGCGUGCUUCAACACCGACUGUCCAACCUCCACCACCAGCUGGAGACGGACUUCCAGAGCCUUCUGCGGCCGUCGGCGCAGCGUCCUCCCCGCUAGCCUGACCCCGGUGAUCCUCUUCCUGUGACGUCAGGCCAACGGCAACGACGAUGUCAUCGGUUUCUCGCGAGUUUCAAUCCUAGGUCCAGGUCGUGAUCGGAUGCUGUGUAUGGAUGGCUGUCUACCUCUCCUCAUUCUUCCUCUCUUUUUCAGACGUCCCUCGUAGGUCAAAUGCCUACGCGAGGUCGCGAAGCUACAGACACAAUAGCAAAUCUGCCCGAUAAACAUUGGAUUUUAGAGUUUUAAGAAGAAAUUUAGUGGGCAAAAAAGUACGGUUGAAGAUCGAACUGAUCGAAGCAGCACUUGACCUAACAAAUCUGCUGCACCCCUUUAAAAAUUCCCCUCACACAAGAAUCAAAAGCCCGAUUUUACGCUGAAAACGCCUUUCAGACUUUUUUAAAACCUUGUUUCCUUAUCAUACAACAGUAGGUCUUUAUGUCACAGGGGCACGAAACAAAUGCUUUAGUGUAGUUUAGUUUCAUCUGUAUGUUGUUUGGACGGUCUACAUAGGUUCUUACUCCUGUCAGCUCAGCUGCGUGUCGGGACAAAAGGCAGCUUUCAUCAAGUCCACCCCACGCACAUACCCAUAUAGCGAUUGUAACAAGAAACUAUUGAGCUGUCGAUAUUACACUUCAUCAGAAGUAAAUUACCCACACACACACACAUGCACAUGCAUAAAAUGGAGAUAGAGCUUGUUGAAGCUGUGGUAAAAACUGCUAAGAUUCUUUAUUCAUGAUUAAAACUUCAGUUUAGAUAUCUUUAUCUAUGAACAAAUCCCGGCUUGACCAAGCAAAGUGAAACUUUUCUCAUGUUAGGAAUGAAUAGGCUGACCAGCAUCAUGGUUGUUUUCAAUAUCUGACAACCACAGUUCUGUAUCUCACUCUUUACUAAUAGCAACGGUGAUUAUCUUCUGUCUCUAAAUCAUUUUCUUUCUGAAUUUGUUUGUAUGAAGAGUUGACCAAGAUUCUGCUUUACUUGAAAAUAUCACGCAUAAAGCUGCCAUAUGAAUUCUUUUCAUAUUGUUUUCGACAGUAAACAUGUAUAGGAGAACACUGGUCCUUUUUCUCAGUCACUAGAAUGAUCUGAACUUUUUGUGACCGCGUUUAACAGAAAAAACUUGAACCCUUUCCCCAUGCAUGUGUGCACGGGUUUCACAUUUUGUAUUUAAAUGGAUGCACGCACGUGCAAAUGAGUACCUGAGAGCACAUUUAUUAAAAACUAAUUGCUUAAAAACUCAUUAUUUUUUCACAAAUCCCAGGAGAAGGAAAUAUUUCAUCGACUGAUAUUAAAUGUUAAGUUCAGCGACACCUCUAAAAAGAAAUUAAGAGGAGAUCAUUAAACAGGGCGUGCGCGGGUGAGCUCGAGAAAAGUGCCAGUAGUCUGGUCGAUCGAAAGCUCUUAGCUCCUAAUGGAUGAGCGGAACCAAGUGAGGUUCCUAACCGCCCUCCUCUCACUCCUUUGUUCUGCAGCUGCACCCUGUAUUUAUCUUAUUCACACAGUAUAGAUGAGUAUAGACAGGAAAUGUAUAGAACGAGCAUCGAUAAAACAUGCCGGCGCUUAGGUAGACAGAAAACUGACGAAAUAACCAAAAAAUGAUGAUUGUGUAUUAGACUGCAAAUCUGGAUUUACAAAAAAAUAUUGUGGUCUUUUAUUAAGUGUGUGAGCUUUGCUGUGUGUUUGGGAUGAGUUGUAAUCCCACAUAAAGUAUUGUGGUGGUUUCUCGACAACGUUCGCAAUAAAUUUUUGGUGAUGGUGAUUCUGUUGCACAUGGUUUUAAGUAAAGAUCCCCUGCGCUGUCUAUAAUCUUUUUUGAUGGUUAUAGAAGUAAUGUGUUCAUAAACAUGUUUCCCGCUUUGAAAUCGUAUGAAUAUGACGGCGAUGGAAAACUGUUCAUCGCGAUAUCCCCCACUUCCUUAACUCCCGUGUUUUCUUUUUCAUAAUUAACUUUUUUUUUUUACUUCUAUGUACAUCUGGUUUUUAUUUUGAAUUAUGUUUGCCUGCAGAGGGAGAGUGGGUAGUCUAGUGGUUCGUGCCCCAGACUGUGGAGGCCCACCCAGUAGUAAAGGGUCUCUAAUGUGUCAGGGGAGGUAAAUGUGUCCAGUAGCCUAGACACGGUGAACUGCCCUUAGAGGCCCACCUAGCUAUGCCACCCUUUAUUUUGUACCUGCCUGCAGAAAUCUACCUCUGUCAAUCUGCUGUUCUCCACAUAUUACAAUCAUCACGAAUGCUACAGCACUCUACACACGAAACACUACCACGCCAUGUCGGGGAAAAGUAUUGUUUAGUUGGGGAAAUGCCUGACUGAACUCUCAAAGCGAAUGUUGAUAGUCACUCCCCAUAAUUUAGUUACUCCCCAUAAUUUAGUUACUGCAAACCUUGGCACUCACGUAACCUGCACAGUGUCAUACAUACUCGCACGCACGUUCUAUGCUGAAUUUUAACAUGUUCUUCCUUCAGCUCGCACGUCCAUGCACGCAAAGGCACCAUCGACUGUAUUUCUAGCUACAGGAAUUUUAAAAACCAGGACAGCAGGAAUCUCGAAUUCGUAAUAAAAUGUCAUUAUGCCCAACAGCAUAAAGCGAUUUAACAUCAACUGCAACAAUGGUAAGGCUUACAAGAUGGAGUUUGCCUUGACGACACAAUCAUGUUUUAUACAAACUUUUUCUAAUUUAAAGUUGAGUCACUUUCGUGUGUGCGUGCGUGUGUGCUUGUUUGUGGGCGCGUAUGCUCGAGACCCUCCCUCUCUCCUCUUUCACACUUAGCUCCAAGUCAGCUGGCAGCAGCUGACAAAAAGACAAAGGAGAGAAAAAGAAUGAGAAGAGCUCACGCUAUCUUCCAGAUCAAUGCAUGUUUCAAAGCAUACUUUUCUUAAAUUGAUGUUCCGAAAUAAUGUUAUUUUAUCAUUUAAUCACUUGUAAAUAGUUUUCUAUUAAUAAAAACGUUACACUCUGU